CCUCCAGCUCCUCCUGGCUCCGCUCCUCUCUCGGUCCAGUCCAAGGCUCUUUCCCGCUGCCGUCGCAGCCUCUGGUGGUACCGCAGCCACCUCUGCGCUCCGCGCCAUGCGCAACAUCGUGCUCUUCAGCGGCAGCUCGCACCAGGACCUGUCCCAGCGCGUGGCCGACUGGCUGAGCCUGGAGCUGGGCAAGGUGGUCACCAAGAAGUUCAGCAACCAAGAGACCAGUCCUGGAAAACCUGGCAUGGAGAUUGGGGAAAGUGUGCGCGGGGAAGAUGUCUAUAUCAUCCACAGUGGCUGUGGAGAAAUCAACGACCACGUGAUGGAGCUCCUCAUCAUGAUCAACGCCUGCAAGAUUGCGUCGCCCUCCAGGGUGACUGCCAUCAUCCCGUGCUUCCCGUAUGCCCGCCAAGAUAAAAAGGACAAGAGUCGUGCUCCAAUUUCUGCAAAACUUGUGGCCAACAUGCUCUCGGUUUCUGGGGCGGAUCACGUCAUCACCAUGGACCUGCAUGCCUCUCAGAUCCAGGGGUUCUUUGAUAUUCCUGUGAAUAGUGCAGUCCUGCAGUGGAUACGGGAGAAUAUUGCCGAAUGGAAGAACUGUAUCAUUGUCUCACCUGACGCUGGUGGAGUCAAAAGGGUCACAUCCAUUGCAGACAGGUUGAAUGUGGAAUUUGCCUUGAUUCACAAAGAGAGAAAGAAGGCAAAUGAAGUAGACCAGAUGUUUCUAGUGGGCAACGUGAAGGACCACGUGACCAUCCUUGUGGACGACAAGGCUGAUACGUGUGGCACAAUCUGUCACGCUGCAGACAGGCUCCUCUCAGCCAGAGCCACCAAAGUUUAUGCUAUUCUUACCCAUGGGAUCUUCUCUGGGCCAGCUAUCUCCAGAAUAAACAAUGCUUCUUUUGAAGCUGUUGUUGUCACAAACACAAUUCCACAAGAGGAGAAAAUGAAACACUGCUCCAAGAUUCAGGUUAUUGACAUUUCGGUGAUCCUGGCCGAGGCGAUCCGAAGGACACACAAUGGUGAAUCGUCUUACCUGUUCACCCACGUCCCACUAUAAAUCCAGGACGUGUGGCACAAGCCCGCUCUGGCUACUGACUUGUGUGCAUUUAUCUGAUUUUUUAAUUUUAGGACUCAGCAAUUAUAGCAUAACGCAAAAGCAGCAGAUCUUCGUACACUCCAAGAGCCAUUGCUUCCCCCUUCUAAAGCUCAAGACUGUUUAUUUCCAGUUUGGGGGGUGGUAUUUGAUCUUUAAGUGAACUACCUUAAAUGAGAAAUGUUCUUGUCAUCUUGACUUGUUCUAAUAGGUGACUUUUUUCUUUUGUCAGUACUUUGAAGCCACAGCUUUCAAGUACAUCAUUCCAUUGUGGAAGUUCAUAGUUUAUA